UUUGUUUACAUUGUGCAACGUCGAAAAUGUCAACCGCACAUGUGCAAGAAGCCGCUAGAGCGGUGGAUGGUUUGCCAAAACAGUUUGUAACGUCCCUAAGAAUAUUAUUUGACAUUUUGGAUGAAGAACAGACGGGCUAUGUGCGUCUGCGAGACAUUGAAACUCGUUGGCACGAAGAAGGGGUGAAAGGUUUACCUUGUGGCGUUAUAGACGCAUUAAGAAAAGUGGCACCGAAAAAUGGCAAGCUUACAUUUGAAAACUUUGUUGUUGGUCUUAAACAGUCCUUGUUGAGGAACAAUGGUGCUGUACUGUCGUCCGCAUCAUUGGCAGCAAAACAGAGAGAUUCGAGAGAUUCGCAACAGAAUUCUAGUAGUGUUAAAAAUAAACAUGUUAAUGCACCUAGCAGUACAAGCAAGCAGCCCCAAUACAGGAAGGUAGAAAAAGAAGACUAUGCCUCAAAGAACUAUGCAAAUAUGGCAAACUACAUGAAUAUUGAAAGGCCAGCAGCAACUAGUGCACCUGUGACAUUAAAAAGUAACGCACAUGUUGUUCAGAGGAGUCAGCCUAAAAUGGGAACAAAUUCUCAGAUUACCGCUGCAAAUACUGCUACGGUCAGGCCAAAUAAUGUUUUGCAGUCACAGAAUAUAGAGUUAAGAAAUAAAAUUUAUAAUCGUGAACAAAUGCAACAUGCAUCAGUUGUAAAUAUGCGGAAUAGAAAUGAUUAUGCCUAUCCACAUGAUCUUGACAUGCAUCAUUCAAAUAAAAGACAUAGUGAUGAUAUGAGCAGUUAUCACAAAAGAGAAGUAUCAAAAAUUAGCCAAAGGCCACAUAGUGCUCAUCCUGAAAAUCAGCGUCCAAGGGAAGUCCAUUUUCAAAGAAGUCCCACAGAUUUCCCAGCUGGGCGACCAGACAGGCCACCUCCAUAUCGAUGGGCGAAAGAGUCUGAAAAUAACUCUCCUCCUGCGUUACCUCCAAAAACCAUGAAGGGGAAAACAAUGAGAGAGCUACAAAACUGGCAUCAGGACAAUAAAGUUGUGCCUAAUGUACUGACUAAUGGCCAUAUGCAUACUGCGCAGAGUGAUUCCAAUUUGAUGCAAAAGAGCCGGACAGUGGGAAAUGAUAUCUAUGUGAACAUAGAAGAGAUUCGUCGCCAGGCAGCAAGCCAGAAGCAGCCUGUGGUUGCCAGGGAGACCGGCGGAGGGAAGAAACCACGGCGAAAAAACUCCCGCAGACACACACUGUCCAGUGGAAUCGACUAUAAUGUGAUCCGGCGUAUGAAGCAGCUAGAGCAGGAGCGGGAUGUUCUGAUACAGGGGUUGGAUGUUGUAGAACGAGCGCGUGACUGGUACCUUUCACAGAUCUCCACAGUUGCAGAGCGCCAGGCAUUUGCAGAGAAAACUUCAUGCAGUGACGGGAGUCUACAAAGUCACCAGGAGCGGAUGGACUUUGUUCGCAGUCGGAUCAAUGAUGUAAAUCUGAAUCUCAAAUCCCUCAUGGAAACCACAGAAUCAGGUUUUCCAGCUCACAUGAAUCUCGCUAUCAGCAGUCCUGGUUUCUAUGACGACAACUCCCUGAGGUGGCUGAAAGACCAGAACAAACAGCUAACACAUGAGGUCGGACACAAGAGUGAAAAGAUAACACAGCUAGAGCAAGAGAAGGCCAGUCUAAUACGGGACCUGUUUGAGGCACGUGUUAAACACAAGACGAAUUAUGAUGAUACCACCUUCAUGUGAAAUAUGGAGACAGCUUUAGCUGAAGCUUUGAAAAGAAAUGAAAUUAAAAGGUGCACAUAAAACACACGACCAGCUAUGACAUUUUGAUUCCUGCGUCAUGUGAAACAUUGAGGCAGGGUGGUUGUAGAUAUACAUGUGCAUCAUGUCUGGUUUUGGAGUCUUUCAUAUUUUGAAUUUAUUCUUCUGUCAUUCAAUAGGUAGGGCUUAUUUCGAAUCACACACAAAUAUUAUCAAUGAACAUAAAUGUUAUUUAAAUUUAGUAUGAAAAUCCCUUUGGACUAUUUCUGAGUUGAUGAUCGAUUAUGGUUGUCCAUUUAGAUUUAAAUUUUUGACAUUUUUCUGAUUAUCCAACAAAAAUAAACAUAAAUGCUAUUUAAUUCAGUAUGAAAAUACCAUUUGGAUUAAUCAAUAAGAUGGUAGAUUAUGGUUGUCCAAUUGGUAUCGAUUUUGGAUUUUGGAAUUUGUCCAAUUAUCCAACAGUGGAUAUAACCUUCAAGUGAAACAUAGAUUCAACAGCAUAAUAUAGACAGUGAAGUUCUCAAAUCAGAGGGAUCACUUAGCUGAGUGUUGAAUCUUCCUACAUGAGAACACCAUCAGCUGUUAAAGAAGUAUUCAUGGGAAAAACAACAGUAUUUAAACAACAGCAGUAUUGGCGGGAGAAUAUUGUGUAAGAAUGGUCUUGCUUUUAUGUACAAACAAGUUGCUUAUAUAUGAAAUGUUUUCAUGAUUAAAUUUUGUUUCGAAUUAAAUUUUUUUUUUUUUUAAUAUCGUCUUUGUAUUUUAUACAUGUAUUGGCUUUAUAAUGUUUGUGUAUUGGUGACUUAAGGCUUUUAUUAUAAUUUAGCGCAAAUACUUGUUGUAAACUUUUGUGUAAGACACAAUUUUUUCUUCUGAAUGCAUAAAAAUUAAAUGCAAUUUUUCUUUCUUUAAAAUAUGUUAAACAUGCAAGAAUCGUCUGUUGAUAAUUUUUCAAAAUUCAAAAAAUGAAUUUUAAAGGAACUUUUGUGAUAACUUAAAGUUUGACGUUCAAAUUAGAGUUUGACAUUCACAAUUUGAUUGUUUUUUAGAAGAUUUAAUUUUAUUUUGCUUGUUUGUUUUAUGUCAAUUACUUUGUGAUAAUAGUUUUAUUGUUUGCAGUGAUCUGACUUUUAUAUUUGUACAUAAUAUAUACAUGUUUUUAUUCAAAUGUAUAACAUUUGUGUUAAUAUUUGCAGAAAGAGUCUUUAAUCUUAAAAGCCGUAAUUAUAUGCAAUAAAAGAAGUAAGAGUUAUAAGAAAUAUGCAUGAAAUGGCCAUUAUCAGUAUCAAUAUAAAUGUGAAUAAAACAAGAGGCUUUAAUAUGUUGAUAAUUAAUUGUAAUAUAAAUUGCUUCUGUCCAAAUGAUAAAACAGAAAUAACGCAGAUUUUGUAAAUUGUAUGUAUCGAUAAACUCCCAAAAACUGUAUUUUUUGCCUAAUUUCAAUGCUUGUUUAGGACUUAUUUUGAGCAUAUGGAUACAACAUAAAUCCUUUUGCUGGCUUUACAUAUCUAAUAUAUGGCAUAAACUGCAAUGAAAAGGUUAACAAUGCUGGCUGUCACUGUUGAUUAUUGAUCUCAUGAUGAAAAUAUUAUGUUGAAAACAUAUUGUAUAGUUUCAGUAAAUCUUCAUUUAUUUUAUGGUUGUGAAAGGUGUCAUAUUAACUUAAUAAUAUGCUGAGUGACUCUCGUUAGCAAUAUGUUGCAUGAGAGUGUGGUUUUGUGUUCUGGUGAACCCGUGAAAACCCUUUUGUCAGGUUGUGUGACCACCAACCAAACUCACAUGAUACCAGGCCUGUAAUCGAACCUUGGGGAAGUGCAGUGUACUUGAUUAACCAUUGCUCUUACUGGACAAGCUUAGGAUAUUUUUGAUUGGAGGUAUUUGUUUUUGUUCUGUUCAACGAAGUCAAGGUACAUGUACAUGAUAUAUUGUAGAUGUUUUGUUCAUGUAAUUACAUGUUGGAUAAAAAUUUGGUGCAACAGUUUUGCCUUAAUCUUAUCUACUAAUUUACCGUAAGUUUCUUGAUAUAAAUAGUAGGCUAGUUGAAUAUUUUGAAAUUGAUCUGGAUGCAUUGUUUUAUUGGUCAGUGGGUUAACAUGUACAGUCAAAACUGGCUAUGUCAAACUCUCAUGUCUUUGUUUUGGUCACGUCAAACUUUCAUUUUUUGUAUAGUCAUACAGUUUUUGUAUUUCGUUUAAAUCAAAUGUUUGUUAUCUCAAAGUAUUUCCCGAGGUGCCAAAGACUUUGACAUAGUGAGUUUUGACUGUCAGAACAUUCAAGUGGAUUGUACCACUGUGUAUUCGAUAAUUACUGUAUGCAUAUAAGCUACUAUAAAACAGCCAUGCUCUAGUUUCUCAAAAACAAGCUUGAGUAUCUCAUUUCAUUGUCAGAGCCAAAUUUAACUUGAUUUUGCAAAUUUCAAAAUAGUUGAUCAUGUUUAUUGUAAAGAUAAUGUAUUUGAAUGUCUCAAAACUUUUUUAAAUUGAGAAUGACUCAUGAAUUAUACCAAAACAAAAAUAGUGUUCUAAGCUUGGUCCUGUUAUAGGGCACUUCAGACUGUAAGAGAUAUUGGGGUAAUGUAUAUGUGCCAGCCUUAUUGAUCUCACAAAAGAAUAACUAAGAUCUGUUUCAAGUUACCCUGUGUGUAGUUUGUGACAGAUGUUACGUGUGCUAUUGAUAGAAUGUGACAUGUUGUAAUCCUAUUAAAUAUUGACACACGUCUUUUUGAUGGCUGUAUUAGCAAUGCUGCUUUUGUCUCUAGCAGAAUCUUGCAUUAGGAGAAAACACAUUGAUCUCUGAUAUUUUUUUAUUAGCUAUACUGGUUUAUGAAGAAAAAAAACUGAGGUAUUUUCAUACCCUAGGUGCCAUUGUCAUCAUGGUGCAAAAGCUUUAACCUUGGUCUUAACUCUCAAAAAAUUGUUCAAAAAUAAAAUUGAUAAACAUGUUGCCAGAGAUAGUAUACACAUGUACAACAAGGACUAUAACUCUUACUGUAAAAGUCGUUGAGUGAUUCCCCUUUUUAGACUUAAAAUCUGCAGGUUAUAUCAAGGCUUAAGUGUCUUUAUUUUCUUAACCAUCUAUGCAUUUGUAUUGACCAUGUUAUUCUUCUUUACAUUAUUAUACAAACAUUUCCACAUAUUUUUUUUUGUAAAAAAAUACUGCUGUUAUAGUAUGUACCUUAUUCAGAUGUCUAUCAUGUUAAUUACAACAUAAUUGUUGCAUAAAAUAUAAUUAUAUAUUUUUAUCUUGUACAUAUAUUUUACAAGUGUUUUAAAGUUCAGGAUAAAUCCUGAAACCAGGAUUGAGAGGUUUAAACUUCAGGCUUUUGUACUGUUGUCAAGAUUGUUUUUUUGCUCAUACUCAAACAGACCCCCAGCUAUUUUUCAGGAUUGACAAUUAUCAACUGUUAGAACCCCUGAUGUAAUAUAUUUUUUCAAUUAUCUCUAUUUUUUUAAAGAAAAUAGUUUAGAGUUUGUAAACAGUCGUACUGUUUGUUGUUGUGUUCUGAAUAUAGAUAUUUUCUUGCCAGUUUGAACAAAUUUUAACAAAAUGAAUGAAAUCUCAAAUGAUUAUAAUCAUUAUUAUUAUAUUGAUAUUACUGAAAUUUGUAAAUGUUUAAAAUUGUGUAAACUGUAACGAUGUCAUUAUCAUUAGUAUUUAUACAUACAUCACGUUAUCAUAACGUCACAUAUGUUUGGCGUUUUACAUAAAAUAUUGGAUAUACAGUUAAAAGCUGGAUCUAAAUAAAUGUUUGAAAUUUUA